AUGUCAGGACUCGCAUGUCAGGACUCGCAUGUCAGGACUCUGUCAGGACUCACAUGUCGGAUUCGCAUGUCAGGGCUCGCAUGUCAGGACUCGCAUGUGUCGGGCAUGUCGGGCUCGCAUGUCGGGACUCGCAUGUCAGGGCUCGCAUGUCAGGACUGCAUGUCAGACGCAUGUCGGGACUCGCAUGUCAGGACUCAUGUCAGGCUCAUGUCAGGACUCGCAUGUCAGGCUCGCAUGUCGGCUCGCAUGUCGGGGCUCGCAUGUCGGGGCUCGCAUGUCGGGACUCGCAUGUCAGGGCUCGCAUGUCAGGACUCGCAUGUCAGGACUCGCAUGUCAGGACUCGCAUGUCAGGGCUCGCAUGUCAGGGCUCGCAUGUCAGGACUCGCAUGUCAGGACUCGCAUGUCAGGACUCGCAUGUCGGGACUCGCAUGUCAGGGCUCGCAUGUCAGGACUCGCUUGUCAGGACUCACAUGUCAGGACUCGCAUGUCAGGGCUCACAUGUCAGGACUCGCAUUUCAGGGCUCGCAUGUCGGGACUCGCAUGUCAGGGCUCGCAUGUCAGGACUCGCAUGUCGGGACUCGCAUGUCGGGACUCGCAUGUCAGGACUCGCUUGUCAGGACUCACAUGUCAGGACUCGCAUGUCAGGACUUGCAUGUCAGGACUCGCAUGUCAGGACUCGCAUGUCGGGACUCGCAUGUCGGGACUCGCAUGUCGGGGCUCGCAUGUCGGGACUCGCAUGUCAGGGCUCGCAUGUCAGGACUCGCAUGUCAGGACUCGCAUGUCAGGGCUCGCAUGUCAGGACUCGCAUGUCAGGGCUCGCAUGUCAGGACUCGCAUGUCAGGACUCGCAUGUCAGGGCUCGCAUGUCAGGGCUCGCAUGUCAGGACUCGCAUGUCAGGACUCGCAUGUCAGGGCUCGCAUGUCAGGGCUCGCAUGUCAGGGCUCGCAUGUCAGGGCUCGCAUGUCGGGACUCGCAUGUCGGGACUCGCAUGUCGGGGCUCGCAUGUCGGGGCUCGCAUGUUGA